GUCGUGGUGAGAUGUUGUUAUGUGUGGUGCGGGCUGUGACUUUGUGUGUUCGUGUUUCGAAAGACGAACAGCGCGUUUUGUGCUGCAACUGUGCGACGGAUGCGACUCUGAUGCACAUACAGUGUCACAAAUGUAAAGAUCUCCUUCUUUGUCUUCAGUGUUUUGCUUCUGGUGCUGAGCUGGCUGACCACAAGCGAAACCACAGCUAUAAAAUAGUGAAUAAUGGAGCUUUUCAUGUGCUUUUAUCUAAUUGGAGUGCUCACCAUGAUCAUGCAUUAUUGGAAGCAAUUGAACAAUGUGGAUUCGCAAACUGGAUUGACACUGGUCAUGUACUUGGCAGAACAGCAGAAGAAUCACAGAAACAUUUUCAAGAAACGUUUGUCGAUGGUGAACUUGGCAACAUGUUACCCAAAGACUUUCAUUCCAAAGUUCUCAACAAAGUUGGCGGUGAAGUUCCUCCUGUAGUAUGUGAUCCUAACGUCGUUGCUGGUUCAACUGACUUGACGGUAAUACAACAGAGAGAUCUGGGCUACAUGCCGGAGAGGAGACUUGAGGGUGACAACAAGGCCGAAGGAGAGCUGAACAGUUUGACUAUUGGUGUAACGGAGACUGGACUCGAAGCCGCUCUACGUUUUGUGUACCCUGAAGCCUACCUUCUUAAACUGAGAGAACAAGACAGGAAGAAAAGAAUUAUUCAGCAGUUAAGGCUCGUCUCUAGCAGACAAUUGUCUACCAUUGAUUCUGAGGCUAAGCAGUCGACACAAGCAGACGACGUUCUUUCUGUGCUGAGACCUUUUGCUCGUUUCCUCUCUCACGAAGAACACGAGCAACUUCGGAAAAGUGUCAUUAGGGAGUUGCAGUUGAAACGUCAGAUAGAAGAACUUGUUGAAUACAGGGAGAAUGGUAUAACAACAUUGUCAGCUUCACAUGAUUUUAAAUUGGCAAGACAACGAAGAGAAAGAAUGCGAGAGAUGGCAGCAAGACGGAAAUCACAGUGGUCUCAGUCUCCAGUAAGACGAGCAUCAACUUCAUCAGCCUCAAAACGGACAGAUAAAGUUAACAAGCAAGACAAAGAACUAACUGAAGAAAUCUCUCAGAUGACGGGAUUCGAGAUGUUAGGCCAUCGUGAACAGCAGGUCUGUACCACACUGCGCAUGACACCGAGCAGAUACACGACACUGAAAGGAUUAAUGGUGAAGGAUCACGCCACCAGAAGGAAAGGAAUGGCAGUAAAGACUCGGUAUCCGGCUUGGCUCGAGAAGAGUCACAAGAAAUAUAUAUUCAACUUUUUACGAGACUGUGGCUGGUUGCCCACAUCAUAAAUUAUUACCAUUUGGACGUCAGUGAGAGGAUCCACAAACAGUAUUCUGUAGACUAGAGGGGCAUGCCUACUGGAUGGGCAGUACACAGUCAAGUUCGAUCUUUGCAUGACCACUUUCUUAUAGUAUUAGGAAUACAUGCAUUCAAGCAUUGGUAUGUACUUGAAUGUUGUUUGAUACUCUAUUGUGUAUUGAACUGUUUCUGUGUCGUUUUGUAUUGUCAAAUGGUUAAUAUAGAAGGUUAAGU